ACACACAUAAAUCACAUAUAGGUUUCCUUUUCUUAUCUGAUCUAUAAGAUUAUUUUCUGCAAUGUACAGGGUAGCAAGUGCCUCUCAAUAUUUGGUUAUCACCGGUUAUGGAAUCGAGGACAUCAAAAUCGCUAAAAAAGCAUGGGUUCUUCCGGGCCAAUCCUAUUCCAUUUUUGACAUCUCACCAGUUAAUUACACUUUCGAAGUCAUGGCUAUGAGUGCAGAGAAACUCCCAUUCAUCCUUCCUGCGGUGUUUACCAUUGGUCCGCGCUCUGAUGACGAAGAGAGUCUCCAUAAAUAUGCCAAGUUAAUCUCCCCACUUGAGAAACAAUCGCAGCAUAUGAACGAGCUUGUCAAGGGGGUCAUCGAGGGUGAGACACGUGUCCUGGCUGCAUCCAUGACCAUGGAAGAGAUCUUUAAAGGGACCAAGGAGUUCAAGCAGGAGGUGUUUGAGAAAGUUCAGUUGGAAUUGAAUCAAUUUGGAUUGUGGAUCUAUAAUGCUAAUGUAAAACAGCUGGUUGAUGUUCCCGGACACGAGUAUUUCUCGUAUUUAGGACAAAAGAUACAAACGGAAGCAGCAAAUCAGGCUAAAAUCGAUGUUGCUGAAGCUAGGAUGAAGGGUGAAAUAGGCUCAAAGUUCAGAGAAGGCCAGACGCUGCAGAAUGCAGCCAAAAUAGAUGCUGAAACAAGGAUCAUAUCGACACAAAGGCAAGGAGAGGGUAAGAAGGAAGACAUAAAUGUCCGGACAGAGGUGAAGGUGUUUGAGAAUGAGAGGGAGGCUGAACUGGCCAAAGCAAAUGCAGAGCUGGCAGUGAAGAAGGCAAAGUGGGCCAAGGAGUCAAGGGUAGCAGAGGUGGAGGCUAAUAAGGCUGUGGCGCUUAGGGAGGCAGAGCUACAGAAACAUGUUGAGAUCAUGAACGCCUUGACUCAAAAGGAGAAACUUAAGGCUGAGUUCUUGAGCAAAGCUAGCGUUGAGUAUGAAACCAAGGUACAAGAGGCGAAUUGGGACCUAUACAGGAAGCAAAAAGAUGCGGAAGCUGAUCUUUAUGAGAAGGAAAAACAAGCAGAUGCUCAAAAGGCGAUAGCUGAGGCCACAUUUUACUCCCGCAAGCAAGUAGCUGAUGGUGAAUUAUACACAAAACAAAAAGAAGCAGAGGGUCUUGUUGCCCUAGCACAAGCUCAAGGUACCUACCUACGCACUCUUUUGGGUGCGUUGGGAGGAAACUAUACGGCUUUAAGAGACUACUUAAUGAUUAAUGGAGGAAUGUACAGAGAUAUUGCCAAGAUUAAUGGCGAGGCCGUUAAGGGGUUGCAGCCGAAGAUUAGCAUUUGGACCAGCGUAAAUGGUGGUGGAGAGGGUGCUGAUGGUGGUGCUAUGAAGGAAGUUGCCGGGGUGUACAAAAUGUUGCCUCCCUUAUUUAACACGGUUCAUGAGCAAACCGGAAUGCUGCCACCAAUUUGGAUGGGAAAGAUCACUGAAUCCUAA